GUCCCUCUCGGAUGGUGAUGUCCCCGCGGUGGUGGCGCUGCCUGGGGGCCUUGGCGCUCUGUGUCCUGCUGGGCCUGGCCCCGCUGGCGGGCGCGUACCCCCCCAAGCCCCCAAGCCCCGGGGACGACGCUUCCCCCGAGGAGGUGGCCAGGUACUUCUCUGCCCUUCGGCACUACAUCAACCUGGUGACGCGGCAGAGGUACGGGAAGCGCUCCGAGGCCCCGGUGCUGGGGCUGCUCUGGGGCACCGGCAGUGACAGAUCGUGGUACGAGGAUGACUCCUCCUGA